AGAAGGUAUCAGAGAGAUCGUGAUAAGCACCGUUCUAGAGAAGUCUGGCAACCGUCUGAUCGACCCACACACACAAACUUUAUCGACUUCUUGAAAUACAUUUAAAAGGGCAUUGAUCUGAAAGGAGCCAAGCAGACGGAGUGCCUCUGGACGUAAGCAUUUGUGUGGUUCACACACACACACUGGCUCAGAGACUGAAAAGAAAAUUACCUUGGGUCCUCUCCACUACCGACCUGAGACAGCUUCAAUCCUCAGUUUUUUUUAUUAAAGAAGGAUUUUACUGCGUUGAUUUGAACAGGAACAAAAGAAGUUACAGUUGAAGAGGCGGGAAACCUAUCAACAAGCCACUUAUGCUUUAGCAGAAGUUUACAAAUUCUUCCUGAACUUCCAAUAUUUGGACGUAUCUGCAAUGGUAACAUACAGUAAGUUUGACGGGAUGAGCCGUCCUGUCGAUGUCCCGGCACAAAGACUCUCUUACCGACUGAAGACGUUUUCUUCCAAAAACGAGUACAACUUAAUUGUGAACACUGUGCGGAAACUGAAAGAGAGUGGUUUUUACUGGAGUACAAUGAAUGGGGGGGAGGCGAACAUCCUCCUCAGCCCCGAGCCAGUUGGAACUUUUCUCAUUAGGGACAGCUCAGACAAUAGGCAUUUCUUUACCCUUAGUGUUAAAACGGAAUCGGGUACCAAGAAUCUGAGGAUACAGUGUGAGAACUGUUCAUUUUUUCUGCAAACGGACCCUAAAAGCACCCAAACCGUUCCUAAGUUUGACUGUGUGUUAAAAUUGAUCCACCAUUAUAUGCCUUCAAAGUCUACAGACUCAGGGAAUGUGAAGAGAGUUUAUUUCAUUUACUCUGGGGGUGACAAAAUUCCUUUGGUGCUCUCCAGACCUCUCUCAUCUAGUGUUUCAACACUGCAGCACCUGUGCAGAAAAACUGUAAACGGACAUGUGGAGGUAUCUGGUAAAGUUCAAGAUUUGCCUGUGCCUGUCAGACAGUUCCUCAAGGAUUAUGACGCUCCAGUAUAAUCCUGAAAUUGCCAUAUGAACUUUCGAAGAACCACAUAGCCUCUUGGCUGGAUAACUAAGCUUGAAGAAACAGAAACAUUUGCACUCAUUUUUUAUUUAUAAAAAAGUUUCAAUAAUUUAUAAUAAAAUGCACUAUUUUUAAUGACAA